UGAAGGGUCACCUUCAGCUGCAGUGUGCUGGAUCCCUCUGCUCUGCCAGUCCACUCCUUCUGUCUCAUCUCACAAUGGCCCCUAAGAAGAAGGAAGAGCCCAAACCUGCAGCGCCAGUGGCCCCAAAACCACCAGAGCCCGAGCGUCCCAAGACCCCGCAGUUCGACCCCACAACAGUGACGCUGGAAUUCACCCCUGAGCAACUUGAGGAUUUCAAGGAUGCUUUCCAGCUGUUUGACAGGACUCCAACCAGUGAGAUGAAAAUAACAUACGCCCAAUGUGGUGACCUUAUCAGGGCUUUGGGCCAGAAUCCUACCAAUGCAGAGAUCAUGCAAGUCCUUGGAAAGCCCAAGCCUGAAGAAAUGCAGACAAAGAUGCUGGACUUUGAGCAGUUUCUUCCCAUCCACCAACACAUUUGCAGAGCCAAGGACCGUGGAACUUUUGAGGACUUUGUGGAGGGUCUGAGGGUAUUUGACAAGGAAGGGAACGGCACAGUCAUGGGAGCUGAGCUCAGGCACGUUCUGGCAACACUGGGUGAGAAGAUGAGGGAGGAUGAGGUGGAGCAGCUGAUGCAAAACCAAGAAGACGCUAACGGGUGCAUUAACUAUGAAGCUUUUGUAAAAUACAUUAUGGCAUCUUAAUGUUUUUUUUGACCUUAUUGUCAUUCUGGUGCUACGUCACUACUGCCUCAUAUCAAAUCAAUGAAAAUCAAGGUCCUGUAUUUUUGACAGAAGAAAGUAGAUUACUGUAAAUCCCAUUUUCCCCUAUCUGUAUAUUUCUGAUUUCCACUCUUCAUGAAAUUAUUUAUAUAACUAAUUAAUAUGUCACCCUGAUGCAGUGCACACAGCACAUCCUGGUGUUAGUUUUAGGUCAUGCAAAUGAAUAAAUAAAUAAAUAAAUAAAUAAAUAAAUAAAUACAA